CUGUCAUCUCAUUCUGUUUGGCAAAUAGAUUAAUCCUCCUUUGGCCCUCCAUCUUCUCCCAUUUAGAAUCACUACUCAACGUAUAAGAAGUCUUUUGCCCUUUGAAAAAGAAAGAACACCUCCAAAAAAAGUUAUCAACUUUCUAUCUCUUUCUCUUCAUGGUCCUUUUGCAAGGUGCCAUAUACAUGAAAAGAGGCCUAUCCAUUCUUCAUUAACAUUAAUGUUAUAAGCAUUAAGAAAAAAUUACUAGAUCUGUGAAUAUACCUUAAAUCCAAUCAACAACAAAAACAACAACAUCAAAGUCUCAUAGGCUUAUUUGGUUUUGGCUUUUGUCUUUUGAUGGAGUCAAAAUUCACAUAUCAAGAAGAAUAUAGGAAGAACUCAAGGGGAAAGAAGCUAUUCACAUGCAGAUGGUUGCCAGUUUCUUCACCCAAGGCCCUUGUUUUUCUUUGCCAUGGUUAUGGCAUGGAAUGCAGCAACUUCAUGAGAGAAUGUGGAGAGAGGUUGGCAUGUGCAAGAUAUGCAGUGUUCGGAAUGGAUUAUGAAGGACAUGGACAUUCAGAGGGUAUUCGUUGUUACAUUAGCAACUUUCAAAACAUUGUCAAUGACUGUUCUCAAUUUUUCAACUCCAUUUGUGUGCUUGAAGAGUAUAUGGACAAGCCCAAGUUUUUAUAUGGGGAAUCAAUGGGAGGGGCAGUGGCCUUACUUAUUCAUAAAAAAUAUCCUUCAUUCUGGGAUGGUGCUGUUCUUGUUGCACCAAUGUGCAAGAUAUCAGAGAAGGUAAAGCCAAAUCCAAUGGUGGUAAGCUUGUUAACUAGUGUGGAAAAUAUUAUACCAAAGUGCAAAAUAGUUCCCUCAAAGGAUGUCAUCAAUUCAGCAUUCAAAGACACUACAAAAAGAGAACUUAUAAGGAAAAACACGUUGAUAUACCAAGACAAGCCCAGGUUGAAAACGGGAUUAGAGAUGCUGAGAACAAGCUUAUAUGUUGAAGCCUCGUUAGAGCAGGUAACAUUGCCAUUCUUAGUAUUGCAUGGAGAUGCAGAUACAGUAACAGAUCCAGAAGUAAGCAAGACAUUGUAUGAAAAAGCAAGUAGCAUAGACAAGACCAUGAAAUUGUACCCUGGAAUGUGGCAUGGCUUAACAUCAGGGGAGCCUGAUGAAAACAUCGACAUUGUGUUCAAAGACAUCAUAAGCUGGCUUGACAACCAUGCUAACAAAGCAGGGUUUGAGGCUUUUUUAGAACAACCGAAUAACAAAAAUAACUUUGUUGCCGAGGUCAAAGGACGUCGCUAUUUACGUCACUCAUCAAUGUAAGAGAAAAAGUAUUUUGUUUGUAAUUACAAUUUAUUGUAUGUUAAAUGGACAUAUUCAUUUUUAUUAUUAGAUGAGAUGUAAAAUCUUAAUUGA